UUGGCAUGGGAAAACCAAGUAUAAAAGGAUUUGACUUGUGAAAAACCUAAAAACCGAAGGUGUCAGGUACCUUCGGCCUCUUUGAACUGAAGAAGACGAAAAAAGUCCCACGAGUGAAGGCGUAUCCGUUCCGAACCUGGCCGCUGCACCACACUCUCCCUAUCUAUGAAACGAUGGCGUAAUCUCAUCUUUUAUUUCUCUCAUCUUGCGCCGGCGCGGAAGAGUUCAUCUGAGUUCGCCCAGUUUAUUCAGUCUCUGGGUUCGUUUGGCUUGCCAGUCCGUGAAAUGGUUGAUUGCCCAAGGAUCUGGUAGCUCUCUCACUGUGGCUUCGACGCAAGUCGUGGCGAUGAAGCCAACAAAGAAGAAACGCCUGACCUGGUUGCCGCAAGAUAUCAUCGAACUGAUACUUGUGAGGCUUCCGGUGAGCAACCUGCUGAGGUGCCGUGUUGUCUGCAAGCAGUGGGAUGGCAUCAUUCGGGAUCCGCAGUUCACCAUGGCACACCUCCGGCACGCGCAGCGUCGCCCCCUUUUAUUCUUCCAACAAGACGGGUCUUCAGGCAAGCUCUGCCCUAGCGAAGCAGUCCUCUUUGACGAGGCCUGGUCGCCAUCGAAAUGGGAUGUGCCCGUGGUUGAGCCUGAUGAUUUCUUGUGCGGUUCGUGCAACGGUCUUCUUUGCUUGUACUCGAGCAAAUCGACCAUCAAGAUUGCCAACCUCGCCACCGGUGAAUGUAUGCACCUCGCCAAACCCGUUAAGAUGUACUCGACGGGUGAUCACCCUUCGUUCUACAGCUUUGGUUUCAGCCCAGCUACAAAUGAAUACAAGGUCUUGCACUUUCUUCCGGGCAAUGAGCACCACCAUGUCGGUGGUUCCUUCAGUGUCAUUCAAGUUUACACGCUGGGUGAUGAGCAGUGGAGGGUUGUCAGAACUGAACAAGCUCUGAGCUUGUACUGUGUGAAACAAAGUGGAGUUGUCAAUGUUGACGGAGCAAUGUACUGGCUAACCCAUGACAAAGAAAGCAGCUGGCGACGGGCCGUCGUAUCCUUUGAUCUCAGAGAUGAAUGUCUAAAAUUAAUACGGUUGCCCGAAGUUGAUUUUGCGGAUCCUGCAUUUGGUAAUCCGUUUCUUUACUGGAUCACGGAGAUAGAUUCCAAGGUGUCUGUGGCUGCUGUUCAAGUCAGAAGAGAUACCGGGCUUACAGGGAAGCUGCAUAUUUGGACACUUGACAACAAGACAGAGCAAAGCAGCUGGAUCCAGACGUAUAGUAUUGAGUUAUCAACACUUAAAGUUCUUGGACCACAUUUCAUCUACGGGGAUAAGAUUAUCAUGCAUAGUGUUAACGGCGGCAUAUAUUGCCAUGAACUUACGAGCCAGCGCUUUACAAUCGACGUAACCAAGUUAGGGAAGCUGUUACUUUUCAGCCCCCGCUGUGGCUACCGGAGUAUUCAAUCCUGUAUGUAUGUGAAGUCACUUGUGCGGUUGGAUGCAUACAAGAAGGCUGGUAUCGUGCGCACGCCAAAGCGAAAAGAGGGUUGGAAAUUGAAGAAGUGGGAGGCGUGGGAACACGACCGUUCUGAGAUAGAAGAGCUGUGGAGAUCCGCCCAUCGGAUUCAGCAAAGGAUGCAUGAAAUGGCACAUGUGAUCGGCGCAGCCAUCAGUCUGAACUUGCCUGCACCACCAGAUCAGCAGGAUAGCCCCCACCGACGGCUUAAUUGGGUGGAGCAGAGGCGGAUGACGGACAUGCUGGAGUCUCAUGUUGAUAGUUUGGAUGCUCAAUGGAAGGUCUUAGUCCAGGCAGCUGACGCCUUCAGUGUUGAGAGCAAGAAGAUGAUCCCAGCGGCAGACCAGGCAAAGAGAAAUGGAGAGGAGAGCGAGGCUGGGUCAUCAAGGCCCAAGGGAAGCCCAGCUCCAGAUUUGAUUCGUCGACGUGGACAACCUGAUUCGGCAGCGCCGGCGGCCACCACCAUAUUAACAGAGAAGUAUGAGAAAUUAUACUUAAUUAGUAGAAUGCAAGUGCGUUGCCAUAGGCAUUUUAAAAAUCUUGCUGGUUCAUCAUGACCGUGUUCCACUAAAAGAAUAUGAGGUUUCCCAAAAAAAAAGGAGCUUUAUGGACAUAGGAUAUUCCUCAUUCCAAUUAAUGUCACUAAAUAUCUGAGGUUUAUGGAUAUAUGAUAUUCCUCAGUCCUCAUUCCAAUCAAACCAUGGGUAAGUGCAAAAAGUUAAUGA